UACUAGUUGGAGAUUUAUUAGUGCUAAGUCGGUUUAGUGACUCUCUAAAUUAAUAAAAUGAGUUUAUUAAGUGACUUGAGAUCCAAAAUGCCUUCGGGAUGGUGUCAUAUUAAUUUAAAUCAGCAAUAUGAAAAACGACAACUUAGUUCUUAUAAUUCCGAAUAUAAACGUUUGUACAACGAGUUCAAAAAAGCAUUUAGCAGAAAAGGAUUAGAUAGUGUUAAAAUCUAUGAAGUUAUGAACCCAUUUAUUUAUGGAAGAUAUAAAUUAAGACAGGAAGAAAUCAAAAAUGUGAAAGGUUCCUGUGGGACACAGGAGUUGUAUCAUGCAACAAGUACAGACAAUGUGGAUUCGAUAUUAAGCAACAAUUUGGAUUGGCGUAGAGUGGUACGAUCGAAAUUUGGCCAAGGUGUCUCAUUUUCUCCCAGCAUGAAAUAUGCUAACAAAGAAUGCAAUAGAAACUGUGGCGAAAAUCGUACAUUUGUGUCUGCGAUAUAA